GUGAUAUCAAUACUGCUAUCAUUUCCAUCCUCUCCAUCGAAUCAAAUCAUAGCCAAUUGCGCUCUUCUUGCUUGCGUCAUGGUCGGGGUUCAGUUCGACAAGAAGGACAUAGUCCGGAUUGAUAAAAGUUCUGCCCUGCCUCGAUUUGCGAAUGCCCUUUUGGAGCAGUUCCAAAUUACUCUCUGGACACGUUAUGGAGGUGAUCUCAGCGACGACAGCACAGGUAUAACAUAUCGGGAAUCGAACCUCAUCACAGCCAUUUGUCUUGUGCUUGAGUCUGCCAAAAAUUACUAUAAUCCUUCAUUCCUUGCCAUGCGGAACCUGGACAUGUGCAGGAAGCUUUACUCACGAGUGAGAUCAUCCGAAAAAAAUUCUCCCUUGGAACUGUUGGGUGUUCCGCAAAGUGCACUGCGCUUCACGCUUGCUGCUGCCGGAGUAUCUCGGGACCCUGCCGACUUGUGGAAUAACCAGUAUUUUUGGACAGGUGAUGCCCAUUCGCCAGAAGACUUCGACUGGCUGGUCGACUGCCUCGAGUACUUGGAUCCCAACGACCAGGAAGCAGUAUUCGACAUCCUUUUACUCCUCCUGGUUGUCAUAAAAGUACGCUCCAGCCCUGCUAAACGGCAUCAGUUCUUCAAGAGCCUCAUCGCCUGCAUGGGUAGUCACAUGCCUGCCCACUUACGUCAUGCUGCUCUUCGCCUUGCCCACAGUGCCCGAGAAGAAAUGGUCUCGAUCGAUGCCAUUGAUAAUGCGGAACUGCGGGAUAUGAUCUUGACCGAGUUCUCCCCCGCUAUCCUCACUGCAGUUUGUCCACAACCAGGUGUAACACCCUCCGAUGAUGAUCCUGACUGCUUCUUCCAUUAUGAACGCGACUUGUGCUAUCUCGAACUGCUCUUUGCCCUCGCGAGGAAUUCCAACUGGCACCCCCAUUUGGUUGAGGAUCAUAUAGAUCGAUGCAUUAGCAUUGCUGCACAGCGCUACAGCCUCAGUCUACAUGCAUUUUACCUAGCUGGCAUCCUCCUCCGGAUCGCACCUGAACAGUCGUCGGUUGCAAUCCUCAAUUCUAUUACAGGGCAGCAGUGGUGGGACACGAUCAGCAAUGCAUGGUUCCAUGCCCCCUAUAUCGUCAACGACAUACACUGUUUCGAGUUCCUUCCUGACCUUGUGGAAGGCACGAAGAGGUAUAUGCACACUGCUAAGGAACUCGAUCUCAAGUCCUUCAUCGUAUAUGUGGAUCGUGUUCUUAACGCACCAGAGAUGCGAGAUGCACAGCAGGGAGAGGGUGAGAGUGUCGCCAUUGCUGUGAAAGAGUUGAGGACUGCUGCCAGCGAUAUGCUUGAGAAGUUGGUUAGCAGUCAAGGAGUUGUUACUAGUCCCUGAUCAUCACAGUAUUUGCGUGUUGUGCUAGCGUCCUGGGACCAGAGGAAGGGAUGGAACAAUAUAACUGGAAGGGAAUAAGUACCGCAACUUGAAAGAAAUUUGAUAUCCAAUACAAGGACUCGGCUGCCGGCCCUCAUUUUGUGUUCAUGGAGUUACGAAGGCGUAGGUGCCAUUCAAUGUAUUUACAGUAUGAC